CAUUAGGAAUAAAAGCUCCUCAGAAACAUUCCAGAUGCAUACACAACUCAUCUUUUUUUGCAGCUUAAAACCUGGGUAUUUGAGGAGAACUACACUGAUUCACCCAGUUUCUUUCACAGGAUCAUCUGGACAGUGUACCACUUGAUAAUGGAUUCUUCCAAAUGCGAUGAUUCUGAAUUCUUUGAUAGAGUCCAUGGAAUUUUAAUGUAUAAAAAUUUUGUCAAAUAUUGGGAUGAUGUAGAGUCAUUCCAGGCAAGGCCAGAUGACAUUGUCAUUGUCACCUAUCCCAAAUCUGGCACAACCUGGGUGAGUGAAAUUGUAGACAUGAUAUUUAAAGAGGGUGACGUGGAAAAGUGCAAAAGAGAUGUCAUUUUUAAUCGAAUACCUUUCCUGGAAUGCAGAAAUGACAAGAUGAUGAAUGGAGUAAAACAAUUAAAAGAGAUGGCAUCUCCUAGAAUUGUGAAGACUCAUUUGUCAGUGAAGCUUCUUCCAGCCUCAUUUUGGGAAAAGAACUGUAAGAUGAUCUAUCUUUGCCGGAAUGCCAAGGAUGUGGCCGUUUCUUAUUAUUAUUUCUUUCAAAUGGUAGCUGGCCAUCCAGAUCCUGGAACUUUUACAGAGUUUGUGGAGAAAUUCAUGGAGGGACAAGUUCCUUAUGGUCCUUGGUAUGAACAUGCAAAAUCUUGGUGGGAAAUGAGAAAGAAUCCACAUGUGCUAUUUCUUUUCUAUGAAGACAUGAAGGAGGACAUCAAAAGAGAGGUGAUAAAACUUAUACAAUUUCUAGGAAGGAAGCCUUCAGGGGAGCUUCUUGACAAGAUUGUACAACAUACUUCAUUCCAAGAGAUGAGAAACAACCCAUCUACCAAUUACACAACACUACCAGAUUGCAUCAUGAACCAAAAAAUAUCUCCCUUCAUGAGAAAGGGAAUUACAGGAGACUGGAAGAAUCACUUCACAGUGGCCCUGAAUGAGAAAUUUGAUAUGCACUAUGAACAGCAAAUGAAGGGGUCUACACUGAAACUACGAACUGAGAUCUAAGAAAGGUUUUCCUAACAUACAGGGCCCAGCACAAAUAAGGCCCCUGUUUUAUUACAAAAUCAUAAACACAUAAUUCUGUAACAUAACAAUAUCACACUUGAACACACCAUAUGACAGUUUAGGUGUAAUGCUCAAGUUAAAACUGCAAAUCAUUACACCCAUAUUAUUACCUUACCAACCAUACUCAAGCAGGGGUUACUUCUGCUGCACCCUGUAUUAGAGAUUAAAUGUUUUCUUCUCAUUAUUCCUCAACUUUUCUUGUUUUAGAUUCGUAGAGAAGAAGUCAUGUAAAAGGUUAUGGUCAGGUUCCCAUGAUUAUUGAGAUCUCUAUAUAAAAA